AUGGGGACAGAAAUAGCAAUAUCAUUUAAUUCAUUACGUACUCAACUAGAAAAUGAGAGAAGCAGUUUGUUUAAAAUAGAUGAAAAUAUUAAAAAAAUCGUCCAAACUUCCGGAAGGUUUCCAAACGAUAGGUUCAAUCCAGCUGGACAUUACGCAAGGGGUGGACAACAAUUAGGUGGAAGGAAUUCCUUUGCAGAUUUUAAAAACCACAAAAAUGAAGAACAAUUAUUUGGUAAACGAAAAACUGAAACUAAAACCGUAUUCAGCAGGUUAUCAGCAAGACAACCAGAUAGUGAUGGUGAAGAUGAUGCCCCAGGUAUCAAAAGAGCAAAAGUCCCAUCAGCCGUGAGCCGUGAGCUGCCAACAAGAGCAGCAGUACUUAGAGCACAAGGUGGUGAUGAACAGGCUAGAACAAGAAACCGUCGAAUAUUUGGUUCACUGCUUGGAACUUUGCAGAAGUUCAAACAAGAGGAAAUUGUUUUACAAACUAAAGAAGAAAAGAAAGCACUGGUUGAACGUAAAAUAGAAGAACAGGCCCGAUUGGAAAAAGAACGCGAGCAGAAAGAGAGAAAAACAUUGUUUGCUGAAAGAGAAAGCAAGAAGGCUACCAUCAAAGCAUUAGAAGCAAAAAUGGCCCGUGUCCAGGAAUUUGAGAAAUGGGAAGCGUCCCAGAAAAACCUUGCGAACUUUAUUUUAACAAAAACAAGACCACAUAUCUAUUGGCUACCAAAAAGGAUGACAGAUAAAGCAACUGAAAAGUUGGAUUCAAGUAGAAAAUUCCAUGAAACUAAGUAUGGUCCUUUGUACCGCAGAUACAUGGUCAAGAAACGUCAAGAGCUUCAAGAAGAAUUACAACGAAUUGAGCAGAGGUGCCUACGGACACGUAUCCCGGGAACAAAAGAAAAUGAUCCUGAAAAUUUACAUGCAGAGAAAGAGAAAGCAGUGCAAAGUGUUCAUUCAGAAGCGACAGUAAAGAAUGAGGAAGAAGACAAAGGCAGUAAAAGGAAUAAGUUUGCCAUGGAUGUUGAUGAGCAAGAAGAUAGCGAUGGAGAUGACAGACAUGAAGAAGAAAUUAGCACAGAGAAACCUCGAGAAGAAAAUGUAAAAGAUGAAAACCAAAUGGAAACAAAUGCAGAGGAGGAUGCUUUAGUAACAACAGAUGAAGUGUCAGUAACAACAAAGGAAGUUUCUGUAACCGAGGAACCGAUGGUAGAUGGUCCAGAGGAACCGAUGGUAGAUGGUCCAGAGGAACCGAUGGUAGAUGGUCCAGAGGAACCGAUGGUAGAUGGUCCAGAGGAACCGAUGGUAGAUGGUCCAGAGGAACUGAUGGUAAUAACAGUGGAACCGUCGGUUACAACUGAGGAACCAUUGGCUACAACAGAGGAACCAUUGGUUACAACAGAGGAACCAUUGGUUACAACAGAGGAACCAUUGGUUACAACAGAGGAACCAUCAGUUACCACAAAGGAACCAUCAGUUACAACAGAGGAACCAUCGGUAACAACAGAGGUAGAAACGGUUGACACAGAGGAAGCUUUGGUUACAACAGAAGAUGCUUCUAUUACAGCACAGGAUGUUUUGGUCAAGACAGAGGAACCAAAGGACUUGGAUUCAAGAGAAUAUAGUACAAACCAUGAUACACACAAUACUGAUGAUGAUAAGUUUCCAGUAGAAAACUCUGAACAUUCC